CUGGUACGUGACAUGAAAACGCGGUUUGGUGUCUCUGACCAUACAGGCGACAGGCAUUGCACUCUGGCACUCGCCCAUCUCAUCAGCCAAUCGCGUAUCAUUACAAGUGUACCCGCACACGCACACCUUUGAAAGUGCAUCCAGUCGAGUCGCGAUUGUCCUUUUGCAGUCUCUUCAGUUGCAGUUUGCCGGCUUUGUUUUGCCAAACUUUCACGAUUCUCUCUUUCAAACCGAGGUUUUCAUCAAAAGUGUAAUUGUGUGUAAUUUAUAAGUGAAGAAAAGCGCAAAAUCUUUUUCUCCGCGCUGUAUAUAUACGUAAAUAAUACUCCCCUACAGAUGUGCUAAAAUAAGGCAAAAUAAGAGGAUCAACAGGUUUUUCAGGUAGCUGUGCAACUAUCAGGGAAAUAAACUGUAAUGUCUCGUGGAAUUUUAAGGCUUCAACAGUACAAACGGCUCUGUGAUAUAAACGCAUUUUCCUUCAGAUGUAGUUUAGGCAACUUGCUAUGUUCUGUAAGAUGUUCGAAGCCCCAAAACAGAACAUUCCUAACCACUACAUAUUUGGGGAAAGAAGCUGUUAGGGAAGCAGCAAAAGACAAUCCUCAGGUAAAGCCGCCUGAGCCGCCACCUAAAGGAAUUCCAUAUAGUAAGCUGACUGUUGGGGUGCCAAAAGAGAGCUGGCAAAAUGAGAAAAGGGUGGCCUUAGUACCACCAGCUGUUGAAGUACUGGUCAAAAAAGGAUUUACGGUUCACAUUGAAGAAGAUGCUGGGAUCGAAGCAAAAAUCAGGAAUGCGGAUUUUGAAAAAUCGGGAGCAAAAAUUGUGAAUACUGAGUCGGCAUUUAAUUCAGAUAUUGUGCUCAAAGUAAGAAAGCCGUCGAUGGAGGAAGUAGAAAAGUUCAGGAAUAAUUCAACGCUUAUUUCGUUCAUAUACCCGGCUGAAAAUAGGGAUCUGGUAGAAAAAUUAGCUCAGAAGAAACUUAAUGUAUUUGGGAUGGAUUGCAUACCUAGGAUAACCAGGGCACAAGUCUUUGAUGCAUUGAGUUCUAUGGCAAAUAUUUCAGGGUACAGGGCGGUGGUAGAGGCUGCUAAUCAUUUUCCACGCUUUUUCGCGGGUCAGAUCACGGCAGCUGGUAAAGUUCCCCCAGCGAAGGUUUUAGUUAUCGGAGGAGGGGUAGCUGGACUCGCGGCCAUUGGACAGGCCAAAGCGAUGGGUGCAAUAGUGAGGGCUUUCGAUACCAGAUCUGCGGUUAAAGAACAAGUGGAAUCGCUUGGCGCUGAAUUCCUCACUAUAGAUAUUAAGGAAGAAGGAGGAACUGAUGCCGGGUACAGUAAAGAAAUGUCAAAGGAGUUCAUCGAUGCGGAAAUGGUUUUGUUCGCAAAACAGUGUAAAGAUGUAGACGUUGUUAUUUCUACAGCACUUAUACCUGGAACAAGGGCCCCGCUUUUGAUUAAAAAGGAACACAUUGAAUCCAUGAAACCAGGAAGUGUUGUAGUAGAUCUAGCCGCUGAAUCAGGUGGCAACAUCGAAACAACUAGGCCUAAUGAAGUUUAUGUUUACCAUGAUGUAACUCAUGUAGGCUUAACGGACCUUCCUAGCAGAUUACCAACGCAAAGCUCGAAUUUGUAUGCCAACAAUAUUUCAAAGUUCUUGUUAUCAAUGGGCGAAAAGAACCACUUCGAUAUAAACUUGGACGAUGAAGUCGUACGGGGAAGCAUCAUAUUGCAAAAGGGAAAUCUCAUGUGGCCUCCACCACCCCCUAAAGUAGUACCUAGCCCGGUUGUGCCCAAAACGCCUGCUGCAGAAAUAGCUGCUCAGAAAAAAGUGGACCCCUUGAGUGCGACAUUGAACAACUCCUUAAUGAUUACGGGCGGUGUCGGCUCCAUUUUGGGAUUCGGAAUGGUGUCACCAAACGCUGACUUCACGUCGAUGUUGACCGUACUGGGGUUAUCAACUAUAGUGGGAUACCAUACAGUUUGGGGUGUCACACCGGCUCUUCAUUCACCGCUGAUGUCCGUAACGAAUGCGAUAUCAGGAAUUACAGCUGUAGGCGGUCUCUUGCUGAUGGGUGGAGGAUACUAUCCAAUAAACUCAAUUGAAUAUUUAGCAGCAGCUGCAGCGUUCGUGUCAUUCAUAAACGUAUUUGGUGGCUUUCUGGUGACAAAAAGGAUGUUGGAUAUGUUUAAAAGACCGGAGGACCCUCCCGAACACAACUAUGUCUAUUCAGUACCAGCAUUGGCGUUCUUGGGAAUGUACGGAUGGGCCGCUCAUCAAGGACUGCCAGAGAUCCACCAAGCCUCAUAUUUAGCUGCUUCCUUGUGCUGUGUCGGCGCUCUGGGAGGUCUCAGCUCUCAGGCUACAGCUCGGAUGGGAAACAGUUUGGGAAUUGUGGGUGUAACUGGUGGCAUAGCAGCGACUGUCGGUUAUAUUUCGCCGUCACAUGAGGUGCUGGCCCAGAUGGCCGCUGCGGCGAUUGGCGGUGGAAUUAUUGGAACCGUCAUAGCGAAAAAAAUCGAAAUCACAGACCUGCCUCAGUUAGUAGCAGCGUUUCAUAGUUUGGUAGGAUUAGCGGCAGUACUCACAUGUAUGGCUACCUUUAUGCAUGAUUUCCCAUCGUUUGCGACCGAUCCUGCAAUGGGUGUUACUAAGACAGCUCUAUUCCUAGGUACCUACAUCGGCGGAGUCACAUUUAGCGGCUCACUAGUUGCAUACGGAAAACUUCAGGGAAUAAUGAGGUCGCAACCGCUGCUUCUACCAGGACGUCACGCAUUGAACUCAGCUCUGUUGUUAGCUAACCUAGGCGCAGGGGGCUAUCUGUUCUACGACAAUACCAUGGACGGCGGCUUGGCUGCACUGGGAACUACCGCAGCUCUUUCAUCUGUCAUGGGCUACACGCUCACAGCUGCUAUUGGAGGAGCUGACAUGCCUGUAGUUAUCACUGUACUGAACAGCUAUUCGGGCUGGGCAUUGUGUGCUGAAGGUUUUAUGUUAAACAACCAACUAAUGACAAUAGUUGGAGCGUUGAUAGGAUCGUCAGGUGCCAUCUUGUCAUACAUCAUGUGUAAGGCCAUGAACCGAUCUCUGCCGAACGUUAUCCUCGGUGGAUUUGGGACGUCAUCAACAGGAUCCGGGAAACCAAUGGAAAUUACCGGCACUCACACCGAAAUAUCUUUAGAUGGUACCGCUGAAGUGAUCAGGAAUGCCAAAAAUAUCAUCAUCGUGCCAGGAUAUGGCAUGUGCGUCGCUAAAGCACAGUACCCUGUUGCAGAGUUGGUUUCUAUAUUGAAGUCGCAGGGCAAGCAUGUUAGGUUCGCCAUACAUCCUGUAGCAGGUCGGAUGCCGGGUCAACUAAACGUACUGCUGGCUGAAGCCGGUGUACCGUACGACGACGUAUUGGAGAUGGACGAGAUCAACGACGAUUUCCCAGAUACGGACCUGGUGUUGGUCAUAGGCGCCAAUGAUACCGUCAACAGUGCAGCGUUGGAAGAUCCAAACUCGCCGAUCGCCGGCAUGCCAGUACUUACCGUUUGGCAAGCGGAACACGUCAUUGUCAUGAAGAGGUUUGUUCUUUUGAAGUCAGUCAUAGUACGGGAGCUCUACAGAAUAAAAUUAGCAAUCGAGACGUUAGUGAAGGACCGUAUCGUCAGCAACUCCUACAAUUGUAGGACGCCUUUGAUUUUCAUAGUAUUUUCUCUCCUACGGAAAGACUGAGGUAUUUCUAGAUUUAGUAUAGAAACAAUUCCCAAUGGCCAUUUUAUAACGCUCAUUUCUUGACAGAUAAGAUAAAUGAUGUACAUUGUUGCCAAGUUGUACCUUUUUUUGGCGAAACGUAAUUAGAAAUGAGGUUAUUUGCAAAAUAAUAGUCUUAAUUAUUGUGCAUGGCUUGUUUUAUGAAAAGUUGUCUUAAUAUUCACCAAAAACUAGAUUAAAUUUCGAACAGUAUGUGUCUUAACAGUGGAAAAUGCACCAGCGGCUCGCGU